AUGGAAUCCUUCGAAGACUCUAAUUGUCACUCUCUAAGCAAUAGUUUUUCUUUGUACGAGAGAUAUUUACGUAGUUUCAAUGUAGUAGAUCCUCUUAUUGAAGAAAGUGUAAACCGCAGACAUAAUGAAUUUGUAAUCCUGAAUAAUGGUGAUUCUUCAAGCUCUCGUAGUAGAGAUAACAUCGAGUUACCUAUUCUAACAUCAAAUGUUAUAAAUAAACAAAGUGAACCAGCUGAAAGUCAGCCAAGUUUAUUAAAUCAAGUUGUGCGUGAACUUAUAAGUGAUAAGGAGUCUAGUUUAGACACUGAUUGUGUUAAAGUACAUUCUCCCUGCACACCUCUCGCGGCUUCAUUGCUUGAAAACUCGGUCGAACGUAGUUUAAUAAACGACAAAUCCAACCCUACUGACGUACAAGCGUCUUCCGAAGAAACGAAGAUUGAGACUACUAAACAUCCUGUAUUUAUAACGCCUACUAUGGAAAACAGCAACAAUGCUGUAGAUAGCGUGCCUAUGUUCCGUCAAGUGAGACCCACGGACAGUGUGUUUAAGUUGCCGAUCAGCGAAUUGUCGUUUAAUGGUACGCUAAAGCAAGUCCAGAAGAUGAAACCAAUUGUGGAUCCGAUAACUGUGUUAGUUAAUUUAGAAGAUAAACCAUUAGAAGAAUGUAGUAGACAUUUUGCAAGCACUUGUAGUUUUAAUAAUAGCCAUGUGACUGAAAGCAGUACAUGUGAAUCUAGAACAAGCAGUACGUCAGAUGUCAGUGACAAGAUCUUAGAGAGUACUGGUGACUCUCAGUAUGAGGAAAGAAAAAAAGACAGUCAUAGUGUGAAUGACGAUAUCAGUGCAGCAAAAUGGAAUUCUGAACAAAGUUAUUCCUCUUUGGAAGCUUCUUUUGACAGUGGGGUAAGGUCUCCAGACAUGUUUUCUGAUGGCGAGGAAGAGGAGGCCACAUCAGAGCCAGAACCUUUUUGGCAUUUCCUCAAGGACUAUGAAUCAUUUGAUAAACGGAAAGUCAAAAAAAUAGAGGUAACUCUACAAGGAGUAUUGCCACCACCUUCAGUCACCAUUCUAAAAACAGAUGUGACGGAAAUGCUGAAAAAAUACUAUUGUUACCUACCACUUUUCAAUGACAGUGCUAAAAUUGAUCCACCCGAAUUAAACACUACACCUACCAAAAGGGUUUCUUUUGUUGAAAUUCCUGAAAUAAAAGAUGGUUCAAAAAGUCAUGAUGCAGAAAAGCCAAGGAGUUCAAUAUCUCAUGAUACCUCUGAGUCAGAUACAAGUGGAAACGAUAGGAGCAUACAUUUGAAAACGUGUUCAGAAGUAGAGGCUACUGAGACACUGUGGCCUGAUGUGAUCAAAUGCAAAUAUUAUGAUGUGUAUUACAAUGUGACAAAGCAUUCUGAAAGAUUAGAAUUACUUGCAUUGCGCUAUGGAGAAAGAUAUGUUGGAGCUGAGACUGAUACUAGUGUUAAUAUUUAUUCUGGAGGCAUGCAGUCCCCCAGCAGUGCAUGCAAACGGAAAGCAUUGAGACUUAAAAUGGCUCAAGCAAAAUCCCCUGGACGGCGGUUGUCCCACUUGGCGCGUCGUCGACAAGCGUUUGCAAGUGCAGCCACCAUCGGAGAGAAGGCGCAAACAUCCACCUCUAGAAUGGUGUUAAUUGAUAAAAAUUUCUUCCCACAUAGAAAACUCAUCAACUCGUCAGAGCGAAAAAGUCCACGUACGAGACGGACACCUGGCAAGAAAACCCCCACACGCAAGACGCCAGGCAAGAAAACGCCAGCUAAAACACCCAAGACACGAAGUGGAGGGUCCAGCAAGAAAAAGGCAAUGAGAAGAUUACUAAUGGACUCUGACCAAUUAACGAGAUCCCAGCCUUCGAGGGAACCAUUGAAGAGAGCUCUUUUCAUCAGUCCUGAUAAUAGAAAACCAAUUCCUGCUGCUCCUUCAUCGUCUGUACCAGCUCAAGCCAUGAAAUCGAAGCGUGCUUUAUUUGGUUCGCCCGUUAAACCAGCUGAAACAAAAAGUAUGGAUGGGACACAGAGUGAUCAAUUUCUAAAAAGAAAACGCGACAUGUUUGACGAUGAACCGAAUAGCAGUCGAAGUAAAAUAGCCAAGAGUUUGUCCUUCGGAGGAGACUCUUUAGAAGGCUCGCAUUCUCACUCGUUUGCUCGUCGAAAUUCUGAAGCAUUUGCAUCACAGAACUCAGCCGAAUUAAAUGACCUUCAUAAAAAGAAACUACUGUGGGCGGUAUCAGAAGCCCUGCGCGUGCACGGUUGGCGCAUGUCAUCGCCCGGGUUCCGCGAGAAGGCGUCGCUGCUGGCGCGCCUCACGCGCCGCCUUCUCAAGCUGCCGCCUCACGCCGCCCAGCUCAACACACCCACGCUUUCUACUUCGGAAACUAUGCUCAAACUUGCUCGUCGAUACGUGUUUGCCAUCAUCAAAGGCAGCUCAGUCGACGAAUGUUUCCAGGAGGAACAGCAGAAAAUAGCAAAGGAGACCAACAGCAAAAUUACUGGUUAUAUAUCCGCGCAAGCUUAUCAGCAGCUACGCGCCCGCCAGAACGCACCCAGCACCUCACAAAUCAAAGAAAAUACAUGCAGUGGCGGAAUGAAACAAGAACAAACAAAGAGCUCUUCUAAAAACAUUCUACAAGACAAAUUAAUUAAUAUAGAUAGUAACUCGAAUAGCAGCAGUGGGCUUAGCAUGAUUGACAAAUCUAGUCUAGGCCUUUUCAAAUCUAAUUCCAUGCCUUCUUUCGAAGAAGCAGCUAAGAUGCGAGCGAGGCGCCAAAUAAGUUUCGACAACGUCGAUUUCCCCAAGAGGUGA